AUGGCCGAAGCAACCCUGGAGAACCGAGAAGGUGGGGAAACUGAACGCCGUGACUGCGAGAGAUCACCUGCUAGACGGGAGAGCAAAUCGGGAUAUCUGGUUCACAGACGACGUCCUCGGAAACCUGUCAGCUGUGGACCUUGUCGACACUCGAAGCUGAAAUGCGACAGGAAAUAUCCUUGUGGCUCGUGCAAACGACGGGAGUGUGCCGAGGCGUGCACUUAUAGACGCAGCCAACCCGAUACGCCAAACCUAAGACCUGACGCAGGGCCUGCGCCAUCUCCAAUUUUAAUAUCAUCUCAGGCUGGGAAAACUACCGAGACGGGGGACCCCCUGGUCCCAUUGGAACAGAAUCCAAGUCCGGCCUUCUCAAAUUCGAUUUCAGCAACUUCCACGGCGCCUCAAGACCAAGACCGACAAAAUGACACCCAUGGUCAAUGGGAUGCCCUCCUACAGCGGCCAACGGACCAAACUUGCCAAUUGGCACCGGAUCCAAAUGACCCUUUGAUGUCACCAAGAACAUUGUGUUUCCCAUUUCCUUUGGGGCCAACUGUGUCGCGAAGUGAAAUAAUAGCGAUCUUGCCUCCAGCUCACUGCUGCGAUUACCUUGUCACAGAAUACUUCGCGCGUCUAUCGCCGUUAUUCCAUAUACUCCAUGGACCAACAUUCCAGAAACAAUACAAUGCGUUCAGACAAAACCACUCGCAUGCUGACCUUUCUUGGGUGGCACUGCUGUUUGCAAUUUGCUCAGCUACUGUGAACACUAUGGGGAACGACAAUUGCAUGUUGACUGAACUCUGGCCAGACAACUCUCGCCCUCAUAAUAUCUCAGAAAUGGCAUAUCGUUUCCGAACAGCUGCCAUGACAUGUCUCUCGCAGGAUCAAUUUAUGAUACGUCAUAAGCUCAGUACCUUGGAAGCUAUUCUUAUACUUAUCUACACAAUCAGUAACCAUGAAGGAGCCGAGCGCUCUUGGACAUUAUUAGGCUUAACUUUGAACAUUGGGAUUGCACUAAAAUGUAAUGUUGGGCCCGGUACUCAGCGAAUGAAUUGCAUAGAAGUUGAACGCCGACGUCGUUGUUGGGCCGGCAUUUUGCUUCUUCAUACCUACCAAGCCACCUUCUUCCGCGAUAUAGACAUGUCCGCGCUGCUCAAUAUCGAUGCCACAAUGCCUGCUGAUGUAAACGACCACGAUAUUACAGCCGACGCUGUCCUCGAGCCAUCUAGCCAACCCACGCAGAUGUCCCUUAUGAGAUUCAAGAUCCAGAUGUUUCAGCUUUCUACUAAAAUCUGUCGCCAUCUGGCUAGCGAUUCAAAGUAUAACGAGGCUGCGCUCAGUCUUUUUGAUAGCCAAGUUGCAGAGGAACAGCGGCAGUGGGAUUCAAUAUUCCUCUUGGAUGGAGAGCCGAGUCUUUUGGAUCCAGCAAGCUAUGCACAUUGGUGUAUUCUGCAGCUUUACGCACACCAACUAUAUCUUCUUCUACAUCGCCCCUUCUGCAAGCCGCGGGGUCCUUGUUUCCGAUCUGCGUCCAGAGCGAAGUGCAUCAUCUCCGGCACGUCCCUACUCGAUGUGCAUCGUCAGUUCUGCGAUCUUCCGCGCUUACGUCACUACAGAUGGCUCUUGUCUGGCCUGACAAGCUUUUACGCUGUUCACGGUGCCAUAGCACUGGCAUCUUGCUUGCUUGAUGAGCCAAAGACAGUUGACCUAUCGCCAUAUCGCCCCGAUUUUGAUGCCGCUGUUGCGCGUAUUGAUAAACUGCGAAACAAAAGCCAGGUCUGUGCCAAGGCUUAUCCUAUUCUCUGUCACCUUCAGGCCUUACUUUCUACUGAACGAGCUCGAUCGUCUACCUUGAUAAAUGGCGAGUUUGGAAUCACUUUUGAUAAUUGGAUUGAUGGCGUGCAGUGGAUGAAUCCGGAGUCUAUCGAUUGGGUAACCUUUCAUCGGUGUCCUAAACCUACUUGA